UUAUUGAGAAGCUAUUCCCUUCUUGUCCUCAAAUUCCCCUCCCUUUCUUCAGCAACGUGAAUGUGAUUCUGUAUCUCACCGGCGUAGUAUCAACACUACUAGAGGUGGAGAUGACAGCUUUUCAACUUUUAUAACCCUUCUUCUCCUUACUUGUUUGCGGCGUCGGUGUUGAAUACAAGUGUCAGCCAGCCAUGCCUUCCUUCAACCUCAGCACGCGACAAAUCAUUGUGCUGUUUAGUUCUGCUGCUUUUCUUGCGAUUGUUGUGAAUUCUUUUAUACUGUUUGGCGCAGAUGCCCCACGAAGAGUCCUUCAUGUUGUUCUUCCAGGACAGGCAAAACCAGAGCCUGAACUCCCGAGGCUCAAAGACUGGAGCAACGUCAAUGGCGACUACGAUGCGAACCUUGUGGAUGACCAGCAUCCUGUACAUCAGCGAAUUGUCGAGAAAGACGCAUUAUGGGAUCGUUACCAGGAACGGGGGAAAGCCAUAUCCCAAAACUUCUCCAGCAUUGUUCUAAACUACCGGGAACGGUACGGAAGGAAUCCACCGCCACAUUUUGAUAGGUGGUAUAAAUUUGCACGAGACCGGAAGGUUGAAAUCAUGGGCGACUUUGCUAUGGAGGUGGGGUCUGGAAUCGUGGGCCCCUUUGAACAGAUUACGGACGAUUUAAGACCCUUCUGGGGCGUGGAUCCAAAGGUUAUUCGCUCGCUAGCGGGGCGCAUGCAUAGUAGGAUAGACGACGGUAUUAUGGGCGUGCACAUACGAGAUGGGGCUGUGUCGUCAGUGAACCAAGGUAAAGAGGAAUGGCCGAAGGAAUGGGGUUUUGUUGAAAUGAUUCAGUCUUUCGUCAAGGACCUGCCAGAUAUGGAUAUUGCUGUCAACCUGCAUAGCAAGCCACGUGUGACGGUUCCUUGGGACGAACUCCAAAAACUCCUGAAGACUGAAGAAGGGUCUAGGGUCAAUACUGAGCAUAUAAAGAACGAGUUUUCGAAGCAUCUGCCUGGCCUCUGGGAAGAUGCAGCUCCGAAAGAAACUGUGGUGGAUCCAGAAUGGAAAGACAUAUCAGGACUACCCUACAUGUCUACUGCAAAGGAGGCAUGCCCUCCCGACUCACUCGUUCACGACGAAGAGCUUCUCGCGGACAAAGCACUCUUUCGUUACAAAAGCUUUCUCAAGUUUAGUGAACAGAGGCGAAACAACAAUACCAAUACCCUUAUUCAAAACCAAAAUCGAUCCUUGGACCUCUGCUCUAUGGGCCCUCUCAUCUCUGAUCUUCAUACCAUGCUUUAUUUACCUAUGGGUGUAAUAAAUACUCACCGACUCGUCCCAAUUUUCAGUGAGGGCAAGACAAAUGUUAAUAACGACAUCCUCUACCCAUCCGCGGCCUAUUGGACUACCUCAAAGGAUACAAAUUACGCGUAUGAUGAUAAGUAUGACUACGCGUGGGAGGAUAAGCACGAUACGCUGUACUGGCGCGGCACAGUCACUAGCCCGCCACUGGGCGUGGACACAGAGACACAAAACAUGCAAAGAGACCGGUUGGUCCGCGAUCUCGAUGCCGAAUUUCUAGGCCAGCAUAACGUCACAAUCAUCGGCACCGACCCCCUGCACCCCAACAUCUACGGCAUAAACCCCAACAACGGACUCCGCAAUUUCCAGGCCGCCCAGUACGCCCUCGAUCACUCCGACGCCAAGUUCGUGAGUGGAGGUUGGUGUGGCGAAAACUGCGACAAAUCUGGGGGCUCCUCAGACUUUCAGAACCCGACGUCGCUCGCCGAGCAAUUCAAGAACAGGUUUAUCCUUGACGUGGAUGGGGACGGGAUCUCGGCGCGCUUCCGCGCGCUGCUACAGAGCCGCAGCCUACCUGUCAAGAGCACAUUGUUCAAGGAGUGGCAUUCCUCGCGCCUUUUCGCGUGGGUGCACUAUGUGCCGCUCAGUAUCGAAUAUCGCGAGAUAUUCAGCAUGUUGACGUAUCAUGUGGGGUAUGGGAAUGCGGAGGGAAAUGAUCGGGGUGAGGACUGGGUUAAUAAGGAUUUGUAUGUGCAGAGGCAUGAGUUUGAGGGGAGGUUGAUUGCGAAGAGGGGGUCGGAGUGGGCGGCGAAGGUGUUGAGGAGGGAGGAUAUGGAGGUGUAUAUGUACAGACUACUGCUCGAGUAUGGGAGAAUCAUCGAUGAUGAUCGGGACAACAUAGGUUACCCAGGCGACGGAUCGGAGGUUGAUGAGAGUAAGUGGGCGAAGCUGAUUGGGCUUGGCAACUAAUUCGAGGAAGGGGUCGUCUGGAAGUGUAUAAAUCAGAGCGAGUAUAUAAGUGAGGGUGCGUACGAUAGUUUACAGCGGAGCUUUAAUUUUGGAUGGGAAUUUUAGAUGUCCCUGAGGCGUCAAUGGCUGUUCAUAUUGCAUAUCAUUCGAAAGUGGUAUCGUUUAAUCAGAGCAUGCUGGCUUUUUGUUUGGUUCAGUUGUAAAAACAUUGUGGCAGGUGACGACGAUAUACUGAGAUCAACGUCUAGAUAUUGUUUUCUUUCUUUUCUUUUUUUGGCCAUUUAUGAGGGCCAACUGAAUAUAUUCCUUGGUUUUUUAUGUAUUAACAUGAGCGAGUGAUUAUUUGGUGUGAUAUAAAUUCAAAUCCAAAAGUUAUAUUUUAAUUUCUAGCCUGUAUAAAUCGAAAUAAAUAUCACCAAUAAUUUAUGGCUACUCCAGAAACAAACAUUAAU